AUGACGAUUGCACACAUAAUUAGAACUGAGGGAACGCCAGCCAAUCAGCUGACUCCAGCAGCAACGGCUCACAAGCUGCGCGCCCCAAGGAUCGGUUGGGCAGGGCACCCGCUCUCCGUUAUUGAGCCUGCGUCAGUGACGGCGCGCGUGCUACCUCCCGCCGUAGAGUUGUACUUUAACCAAUCAGGUUUCUGCACAGUGUGCCGCUCCGCCCAGUUGCCGCCUGGAUCUUGGCGGAAGCGCAUGCGUUGGGUGGAGUCUGCUCCUUUGAAUACCGGAGGCGGCAUUUGGACUUCAGAGGUUGGACGCGGAAAUGCUGUAAACACACGACUGUUGAAGUGCAUGAUUCCAACAACUCUAAUAUCAGAAGAUUCUGUGGUUAAGGCAGUAUCCUGGCUUUGCGUUGGCAAGUGUUCUGGUAGUACCAAGAUACUUUUUUAUCGUUGGCUGGUUGCAAUGUUUGACUUUAUUGAUCACAAGGAGCAAAUUAACUUGCUCUAUGGCUUCUUUUUUGCUUCCUUGCAAGAUGAUGCACUGUGCCCUUAUGUCUGCCAUUUGUUAUAUUUACUUACCAAAAAAGAGAAUGUCAAAGCAUUUCGUGUAAGAAAACUGCUUGAUCUUCAAGCCAAAAUGGGAAUGCAGCCUCAUCUCCAGGCUUUGUUGUCGCUGUAUAAGUCUUUUGCUCCUACCCUGAUUUCUGUAUCUUUGCCUGUAAGAAGGAAGAUCUAUUUUAAGAAUUCAGAGAAUCUUUGGAAGAUGGCUCUGGUUGCUGUAAAGCAGAGAAACCAGGGACCUUCUCCAGAACCUCUAAAGCAGAUGUUAGGUCCAGCUAAUGUUCCUCCUCUAAAAGGAAGAUGGAAUUCUCGCCCAGUUAUACCAGUGCUCAAUUCUAAUAACUGUGCUAAAGAAUGUAGAAGAAAAGAGAUUAAUCUUUAUGACUGUUUGGGUAGCAGUGGAUCGUUUCCGCUAGAACAACUGCAGAGCUUUCCUCAGCUCUUAAAAAACAUUCAUUGCUUAGAGUUGCCUUCUCAGAUGGGCUCAGUGCUAAACAACUCUCUGCUGCUUCACUAUAUUAAUUGUGUCAGAGAUGAGUCAGUUUUACUGAGACUCUAUUACUGGUUGAGUCAAACAUUACAAGAAGAAUGCUUUUGGUACAAGGCAAAUGAUUAUGGACAUGGAAAAGAAUUUGCCAACUUCCUGGAUACCAUCAUUAGGGCAGAGUGCUUCUUACAAGAGGGGUUUUAUUCCUGUGAAGUGUUCCUGUAUAAGAGUAUUCCUCUCUGGGAUGGCCACUGUUGUCGGUCACAGUUCCUUCAGCUUCUGAGCUGGAUUCCUUUCGGUAGCUUCUCUGAGAUGAAACCACUUCUUUUUGACCAUCUAGCACAGCUCUUCUUUACAUCAACCAUUUAUUUCAAGUGUAGUGUUCUUCAGACUCUGAAAGAGCUACUGCAGAAUUGGCUGUUGUGGCUUUCAAUGGAUAUACGUGUGAAACCUACGAUGAACAGCCCUCUUAAUACAACUUUGUGUGAAUCCAUGAGCUCUUUGUCUAAACUGAUUGACUAUGUAGGAUGGCUGUCGACUAUUGCAAUGCGCUUGGAGAGCAACAGUACUUUCUUGCUGCACUUUAUUUUGGAUUUCUAUGAGAAGGUAUGUGAUAUAUAUAUAAAUUAUAGCCUUCCAUUAGUGGUGUUGUUUCCUCCUGGAAUCUUCUAUCCUGCACUCCUCAGCCUGGAUGCCAGUAUCUUGAACCAGCUGUGUUAUAUUAUGCACAGGUAUCAUAAAAAUCUGGCUGCUAUAAAGAAAAAUAAGUUGCUCCAAAAGGCAAAGUCGCAGUUUAGUUUCAGCAGCAAAACCUAUAUAGAGUUCAAUCACUAUUUGAUAACCAUGGUUGGUUGCCUGUGGACAUCCAAACCUUUUGAGAAAGGAAUAUAUAUUGAACCUGAAAUCCUGAAAAAAACUGGAGUAGCAGAAUAUAAAAACAGUUUAAAUUUGGUUCAUCAUCCUUCUCUACUGAGUUAUGCUGUUUCCUUUUUGCUACAGGGAAUGCCAGAAAAAAUGAGGGUAAAAGUGAGCUCUAUUCAGGGAAAGAAAUGGAACUGGUAUUUGGACUAUUUAUUUUCAGAGGGGUUACAAGGCCUGAAUCUUUUUAUAAGAAGUAGUAUUCAUCAUUCUUCUACCUCACAAUCAAAGAGCCUAAACUUCACCAGUUAAUAUUAAAGACAUGAAC